UUAAGGUAGUAGUACCGUGCGUUAUAAAACGAAAAACCUCUUGGGAAGAAAAGAGAGUGAGUGAGCCCUGCCGCACCCCAUGAAUCCUCUACUUCCGCUCUCGGGAUUCGCGAAUUAAAUAUAAUUUUUUAUUUCUCCCUUACUCUUACUUCACCCACUCACACUCUCAUCUUCCGAUUCAUUCACUUCCCAACUUUGCCAUCACCUCAUCUUCCCAUUCAUGCUUAUGACAAAAUUAGAAUCUCGAUAAACCAUUUCCAAUUCCUCUUUCCGAUUUCGUUACAGUGCCAAGAUGCAAGGGUUUACGGCAACAACCACUGAUUUGGCUGAGCUUCAGUCCACCAUGCGAGCCAUCGAGCACGCUUGCACUUCCAUUCAGAUGCAUUUAAAUCCAGGAGCUUCUGAGGCAGUUAUAUUGUCAUUAGGCCAGUCUUCUCAGCCAUAUAAGACUUGCCAAUUCAUUCUUGAAAAUUCCCUGGUCGCAACUGCAAGGUUUCAAGCAGCAGCAGCAAUCCGAGAAGCAGCUAUUAGAGAAUGGGGUUGUCUUAGUGCUGAUGACAAGAGAGGCUUGAUAAGUUUUUGUCUAUGCUAUGUCAUGCAACAUGCUAGUUCUCCUGAUGGCUUUGUCCAAGCGAAGGUUUCCUCCGUGGCUGCUCAGUUGAUGAAAAGGGGUUGGUAA